CGCGUGGAGUGUGACGUCGGGGGACGCGCAGAACCAGGAAGCAGCUACAGAGGCAAUAUGUGCGGGGGCUGUGUGAAGACCGAGUACCCGUCGCGGGGUAACACCUGCUUGGAGAACGGGUCCUAUUUGAUGAACUACGUGGGUUGCAUUGAAUGUAAAAAAAAGGAUUUCGUGUUGAUAACAAACAAAGUAGCAGAAGAUGAUGAUGGAGAGGAAAUUAUCACUUAUGAUCAUGUAUGUAAGAACUGUCAACAUGUGAUAGCCAGGCACGAAUAUACUUUCAGUGUAGUGGACGAUUACCAGGAAUACACCAUGCUGUGCAUGCUCUGUGGCAGGGCAGAAGAUUCUAUCAGUGUCUUGCCAGACGAUCCUCAUCUGAUGACUCCAUUGUUCUGAGCCUCUUGUUUUUAGCCAAUUGUAGCAUGUUAAUUUUGUAACAGCAAGUCAUGAAACAUGAAUUUGGGGGGGGGGUCCUGUUCAGUCCAUGCAGAGUCAAGUGAUAUAACCCUCCUCCAUGUUUUUAAGUUACAGGCUGCUUACCUGUCCUCCUCUCCACAAUAGGUACAUACUGGUUCCUAAACUUGUAGGUGAUAAAGAAGCUGAUUUCCUCUGUGCUGGCUUUAGGGCCUAAUUUUUAGGACCCACUGUCAGCUGGCUUUGGUAGGAGAAACAAAAAUAAUAAUUCUGAGAGGGGGUAUUCUGCAGUUGGCUUCAUGCAGAAAUGGCAGCAUCUGAGAGAUACAGUAAUAGAAAUUAAUCCUCAGCAGGAAAGAAAGUUGGUGGGCAAGAAUUGCCCAGAUUAUUUCCUUUUCAGUGUCAGGAAAAGUCUCUUAUCAGUGUUACAUGUUUAGUGAAUUGGCUCAAGUAUGGCAGAUGUUGGGUUCCUUUGGCCCUUCUGAUGCUGCUGUAUUACAACUCCCAUUAUCUCUGGCCAUUGGCCAUGCUAGAUGGGGCUGAUGGGAGUUGUAGCUCAGCGGGCCAAAGGUUCCCCACACUUAACACCUGAAGCAUGUUAGUGUUUUAGUUUAAUAAUUACAGUUCUGUCCUAAGUCAGUACCAGCCUGUAGUCCUUGGCUAGUUCUACCUGGCUUUGGUUGGGUUGUGAAAUUAGGCGGGGGGUGGGGAGGAUCUGGUGUGAGGCUGAGUAAAAUGUGAAGUUGCCCUUCAGGAACAAAGUCUAGUGCUGUAAAUUUUCAGCCACUGCUUCUGAUAACUCUUGAGUAUCAGCCUCUGGAUCGCCCAUUUUAGAAGUGUAAUGUACUAUAUAUUUUGGAAAGUUGUUUUGUUCGCUAUGCAUUUUGACAUCGAAGAUACCAAAACCAAAUUUUGCAUGGUGGUUUCUGAGAUCAAGGAGCAGGUUUUUGUCUAUGUUUGAAAACUAUUGGAUGCGACUUUGAAUCACGAUAGUGGACUGAGCCUUUCAAAACUCUGCUGAUUUUAACUACUGAUUUCAAAGCAAGCAACUCGGGGGGACAAAGGCUGCUAGUGCUUGAUGAGAUGGGUCUUUGGUGUGAUCCAGCAAGACAGUCCUUGCAUUCGGAAUUAAAGCUUUCUUUAAACCCA